UACAUAAUACAUUGUUUUUGUUGGUCAUAGCUUCGAAUCCUCUCUGUCUCACUCGCCGUGCGUCUUUACGCGUGGGUGUUCCUUUAAGAAAAGGCAUUUGAGGCGCUGCGCGCUGACGUAAGGGAAUUGGAGAGCUUGAGAGAACCCUGCAGGAAGAAGACGCAGAUAACCGCGAUGAGGACCGAUUCGUGAAGCUUUCUUUCUUUCUCUCAGUCAUUUAGUGUGCUGUACUAUAUUGCAUCAAAUUACAUCCAGAUAUCAGUUGUACUCGUUUAAACUUCUCUAAACUGGCAUACCGGCGUGACAUCAGACCUCCGCCCUUUUUUGUGACAAGGAGGUUUUCUCGAUUCCCUCCGUGCGGUGGUCAAAGUGGGUCGAGAUGUUCAGUCGGGCAGCACGAAAGUCCUCUGGACGUACGCGGAUGAACUAGGAUGACACCGGAUACUUUUGGUUGCAGACACUGAUGACGUUUUCUCUGCUUCACUGUUGACUUCUAACAUAAACAACAUGCUCCAGAACCAGGAGGAGCAGUCGGUGAAUUCAAUCCCCGCGCAGCACGGGACAGGGCACCCCAGUGACACCAGCAGCCCCAGUGACCUCCAGCCCGAUGCUUACCACCCACUGGAGUUCAGGAGGCAUGCAGUGACGGAUGACUAUAAACUCACCUCUCUGGUUCUUGGCAUGGGCAUCAAUGGCAAAGUGCUGGAAUGUUAUUGCAAGAAAACGGGAGAGAAGUGUGCCCUGAAGAUCCUGUAUGAUACUCCUAAAGCCAGACGGGAGGUGGAGCUGCACUGGCGAGUUUCCGGAGGUCCCCACAUCGUCCGAAUACUUAGCCUGUAUGAGAACAUGCACCAGGGGAAGAAAUGUCUCCUCAUCAUAAUGGAGUGUAUGGAGGGAGGGGAGCUGUUCAGUCGCAUUCAGGCCAGAGGGGACCAGGCUUUUACAGAGAGAGAGGCGUCAGAGAUCAUGCAUGACAUCGGCACGGCCAUAGAGUACCUCCACCACAUGGACUUCGCUCAUAGGGAUGUGAAGCCUGAAAACCUGCUCUAUACCACCAAGGAGAGUAAUGCCACACUCACGCUGACUGACUUUGGCUUUGCUAAGGAGACGACAGUGAUCAACUCCCUCCAAACUCCUUGUUACACUCCGUAUUAUGUUGCCCCAGAAGUGCUAGGGCCAGAGAAAUAUGACAAAUCAUGUGACAUGUGGUCUCUGGGCGUAAUCAUGUACAUUCUUUUGUGUGGGUUUCCUCCGUUCUACUCCAACACAGGUCAGGCCAUCUCUCCAGGCAUGAAGCAGAGGAUCAGGUUGGGCCAAUACGAGUUCCCCAACCCUGAGUGGGCUGACGUUUCAGAUGAAGCAAAACAGCUCAUCAUUCAGUUACUGAAGACGGACCCCAAUGAGAGGAUGACCAUCGGCCAGUUCGUGAACCAUCCCUGGAUUAGUCAAUCGAUGGUGGUCCCGCCGACCCCCCUCCACACCUCACGUGUUUUGACAGAGGACAAGGAGCUGUGGGACGAUGUGAAGGAGGAAAUGACCAGCGCCCUGGCGACGAUGCGCGUCGACUACGACCAGGUGAAGAUCAAGGACCUGGACACGUCCAACAACCCUCUGCUCAACAAGAGGCGGAAGAGGCCCGUGCCUGGAGGAGCCGACAGUGGAGGAGACGAGGUGUAUGACAGCCACAAAGAAGUCACCUUUUCUGAAGAGCAUGGGGAAAUGAUUAUUGGACAGGAGUAGUAUAAAAGCAUGAGAGUCAGAGUGAACAGUUCUUUUUCCACCAACAUAUCACUGAUUGUAUUUUGCUUACCUUCUUUGUAUCACGUCACUCAAGUCUAAUCAAUGUCACCACUCUUCACAUUAAAAACAGUUUUUUUAGGUUUCAA